GAGCGAGGCGGCAACAACUCCUUCACCCAUGAAGCCCUCACGCUUAAGUACAAACUGGACAACCAGUUCGAGCUGGUGUUUGUGGUGGGGUUUCAGAAGAUCCUGACUCUAACCUACGUCGACAAGUUGAUAGACGACGUUCAUAAGGAGUUCAGGGACAAGUAUCGCAAUGAGUUCCAGCAGAAGGGCACCCUGGGCCUCCUAAACGGCACCUUUGAUUUUAAGGAUGACUUCAUGCGCCUCCUCCGGGAUGCAGAGGAGAGCAGUAAAGUCCGAGCUCCCAUGGUAAUGAAGACGUUUGAGCAGUCUCUGAAAUCCCAGAAGACUGUCAAGUGUAUGAUAGAAACCCGGGGGGAGAAACCAAAGGAGAAAAUCAAGAACAAGAAGAACAAAGGUUCCAAAAAAGAGGGGAAUGAAGCUGUCGCAGCAGCAUCCGCGGGUGACAAGCAGCCCUCCGCAGACGGGGACAGGGAGGAGCUGACCAAGGAUGAAAUUCUGCAAAAGAACCGGGAGGAAUUCUUCAAGAGACACAUGAAAGCAGGGGAGAAGUCCAGCAAAUCUCCAAAGCCGGAGGCACAGAAGGAGAAGGGGAAGAAGCCCCGAGUGUGGGAUCUGGGGAACUCUAAUGCCAAAGUACUCGAUUACAGUAACUCUGCUACCAACGGAAGCACAGAGGCUGUUCCCGUGGAGGAAUUCGACCCCAGUACAGCCCUGGGGGAUCGAAAUCGGGAGCCUGGCCGCCUCUACGACCUUGAGUACGAGAGCGACAAUGAAGCCGAAGAGGAGAAGGUUAUUCAGAACCCUUCCAAACCCAGCGCGAAGAAGGGCGGCCUGGGGGGCAUGUUUGGCAUGCUGAAAGGCCUGGUGGGCUCCAAGAGCUUGACGAGGGAGGACAUGGACCCUGUACUGGAGAAGAUGAAGGAUCACCUGAUCGCAAAAAACGUGGCAGCUGAGAUUGCGGUGCAGCUCUGUGAGUCCGUGGCUAAGAAACUGGAAGGGAAGGUGAUGGGAACGUUCACCACGGUGACCUCGACGGUGAAGCAGGCUUUGCAGGAGGCUCUCGUGCAGAUUCUGCAGCCCCAGCGCCGUGUGGACGUCCUCCGUGACGUCAUGGAUGCCCAGCGCCAUCGCCGACCCUACGUGGUCACUUUCUGUGGCGUCAACGGCGUUGGCAAGUCCACCAACCUGGCCAAGAUCUCCUUCUGGCUCAUCGAGAACGGCUUCAGCGUCCUCAUCGCCGCGUGCGACACCUUCCGGGCGGGAGCGGUGGAGCAGCUCCGCACCCACACCCGUCGCCUCAACGCCCUGCACCCUCCGGAAAGGCACGGUGGGCGGACCAUGGUGCAGCUCUAUGAGAAGGGUUACGGCAAGGACGCCGCCGGGAUUGCCAUGGAGGCCAUCUCUUACGGUGGGUGGGAAACCGAUGGCCGGGAGACGCUGGUGGUGGAUACGGCAGGCCGCAUGCAGGACAACGCUCCCUUGAUGACGGCGUUGGCCAAACUCAUCGCCGUCAACGCUCCCGACCUGGUCCUGUUUGUUGGGGAAGCGCUGGUGGGAAACGAGGCUGUGGAUCAGCUGGUCAAGUUCAACAAGGCUCUGGCUGAUCACUCCAUGGCUCAGACACCGCGGCUCAUCGAUGGGAUUGUCCUCACCAAGUUUGACACCAUUGACGACAAGGUCGGCGCCGCCAUCUCCAUGACCUACAUCACGAGCAAGCCCAUCGUUUUCAUCGGUACCGGACAAACCUACUGUGAUCUGCGAAGCCUUAAUGCCAAGGCCGUCGUCGCAGCGCUCAUGAAGGCCUAA